AGAGAGGACUGGCCUGGGAGGCCACUUUUGCGCCUGGCGACGGCAGGGAGUGGCGGAGGGCCCUCCUUUUCCUCCUCCUCCUCCUUUUCCUCCUCCUCGGUUCUCCUCCCCCCUGAGUAGCUUUGCGGCGACGAAGAGGAGGAGGAGGCGGCCGAGGCUGAGCCUGUGGGAGGGUCUCCAUUGAAAUAAACAAGCAGCCAGUGAUUAAAACGGGAACAUGGCGGCCGCGGCAGCUCCAGCUUCCUCUUGCAAAAGCGAAGGUCAGCGCCGGCGACAGGAGCCUCAGACGGGACUGGCCUCGCAGGCUUGAAAUGUAUCUGAAUACUGAAGCAUUCAAAAAUACAACCUGUAGUACCGAUUUGCCUGCCUCACUGCAUGUUGAAAAAAAACCCCUAAGAUCCAUGAAAAUACCAUACAAAGCCCUGGGGGGUAACUGUCAAGUGAGUGAAUGUUCUUCUGUAUUUUGCCCCAUAGCAAGACCUCUGCACUUGAAAAAAAAAAUAGAGUUUGAUAUCAAGCAUGCCAAGAAUCAAGUUGCUGAUAUGUGUUUAAGAUGAGUGGGAUUGGUGAAAAUUCCUCUGACCCAGCCCGGGCAGAGUCAAGGAAACGCAAGGAAUGUCCUGAUCAACUUGGACCCAGUCCUAAAAGAAGCACUGAAAAACGUAAUCGUGAACAAGAGAAUAAGUACAUAGAAGAGCUUGCAGAACUGAUUUUUGCUAAUUUUAAUGAUAUUGACAACUUUAACUUCAAACCUGACAAAUGUGCAAUCUUGAAAGAAACUGUGAAGCAGAUUCGUCAAAUAAAAGAACAAGAAAAAGCAGCAGCAGCCAAUGAAGAUGAAGUGCAGAAAGCUGAUGUGUCAUCUACAGGUCAGAGUGUUAUUGAUAAGGAUGCACUUGGACCAAUGAUGCUUGAGGCCCUUGAUGGGUUCUUCUUUGUAGUGAAUCUGGAAGGUAAUGUGGUGUUUGUGUCGGAGAAUGUGACACAGUACUUAAGGUACAACCAAGAAGAGCUGAUGAACACAAGUGUAUAUAGCAUCCUGCAUGUAGGGGACCACAAUGAAUUUGUCAGAAACCUGCUGCCCAAAUCUUUAGUGAACGGGGGACCCUGGUCUGGUGAAGCUCCUCGGCGUAACAGCCAUACCUUUAAUUGUCGGAUGUUGGUAAAGCCUUUAACUGAUUCUGAAGAAGAAGGCCAUGACAACCAGGAAGCACAUCAGAAAUACGAAACUAUGCAGUGCUUCGCUGUUUCUCAACCAAAGUCCAUCAAGGAAGAAGGUGAAGAUUUGCAGUCUUGCUUGAUUUGCGUGGCAAGAAGAGUUCCAAUGAAGGAAAGGCCGCUGCCGUCAUCGGAGACAUUUAGCACUCGUCAGGAUCUGCAAGGCAAGAUUACGUCACUGGACACAAGUAUCAUGCGAGCAGCUAUGAAGCCUGGUUGGGAAGAUGUAGUAAGGAGGUGCAUUCAGAGAUUCUAUGCACAGCAGGAAGGUGAUUUGUCUUAUGCCAGGAAGCAUCAUCAGGAUGUGCUGAGGCAGGGACUGGCAUUCAGUCCUGUCUAUCGAUUUUCUUUGUCUGAUGGCACUAUGGUUGCUGCCCAAACGAAGAGCAAGCUCAUCUGUAAUCAGACUACUAAUGAACCUCAGCUUGUAAUAUCCCUGCAUAUGCUUCACAGGGAACAAAAUGUCUGUGGAAUGAGCCAGGAUCUAACUGGACAAGCAAUGGGAAAGCCAUUGAACCCUAUUAGCUCCAGCAGCCCUGCCCAUCAGACCAUGUGCAGUGGGAAUCCAGGUCAGGAUAUGACCAUCAGUAGCAAUAUGAAUUUUGCCAUAAAUGGCCCAAAGGAACAAAUGGGCAUGCCAGCGAGCAGGUUUGGUGGUUCAGGCGGGAUGAAUCAUGUGUCAAGUAUACAAGCAUCCACUCCUCAGGGUAGUAACUAUGCACUAAAAAUGAAUAGCCCCUCUCAAAACAGCCCUGGAAUGACACCAGGUCAGCCAAACUCUAUGCUUUCCCCAAGGCAUCGUGUCAGUCCUGGAGUGGCAGGAAGUCCUCGGAUCCCACCCAGUCAGUUUUCCCCUGCAGGAAGCUUGCAUUCACCUGUUGGAGUUUGCAGCAGCACAGGAAAUAGCCAUAGUUAUACCAACAGUUCCCUCAAUGCACUUCAAGCUCUCAGCGAAGGGCAUGGAGUUUCUCUCGGUUCAUCAUUGGCUUCACCUGAUGUAAAAAUGGGUAAUUUACAAAAUUCCCCUGUAAACAUGAACCCUCCCCAGUUGAGCAAAAUGGGAAGCCUGGACUCUAAAGAUGGCUUUGGACUUCAUGGGGAGCAAUCGGAAGGUACAACUGGACAAGCAGAAAACGUCUGCCAUUCAGGAGAUCAGAAAGAAAGUAAUGACAAUAUGCCCCAGGUUGUUGGUGGUGAGAGGCCUGAUGGACAGAACAGACUGCAUGAUGGCAAAAGCCAGACAAAGCUCUUACAGUUGCUGACCACCAAAUCUGAUCAGAUGGAGCCUUCACCGUUGUCUAAUGCUAUGGGAGAUGCUAACAAGGACUCCAUGGGAGGUUUAUCUGGUUCUGGUUCAGCACAUGGAACCUCACUCAAGGAGAAGCAUAAAAUUUUGCACAGGCUCUUGCAGGACAGCAGUUCUCCUGUAGACUUGGCUAAGCUCACAGCAGAGGCCACAGGCAAAGAACUGAGCCAGGAGACCGGUAGCACAGCUCCUGGUUCAGAGGUGACUGUUAAACAGGAACCCGUAAGUCCUAAGAAGAAAGAAAAUGCACUACUUCGCUACUUGCUAGAUAAAGAUGAUACUAAAGAUAUUGGUUUACCAGACAUUACCCCCAAACUGGAGCGGUCGGACAGUAAGACAGACCCUUCCAGCAGCACAAAGCCAGUAGCUAUGAAGACAGAAAAAGAAGAAAUGCGGUUUGAGCCAAUCGAACAGCCUGGCAGUGAGCUAGAUAACUUGGAAGAAAUUCUGGAUGACCUACAGAACAGCCAGUUGUCUCAGCUUUUCCCAGAUACCCGACCAGUUGCUUCAGCAGGAUCAGUUGAUAAACAAGCCAUCAUCAAUGACCUCAUGCAGAUCGCAGGUGAAAACAGCCCUGGCACACCUGUUGGAGCCCCCAAACCCGCAAUGAGGAUGUCGCAAAGCACUUUUACUAAUGCAAGGCAAGCGCAGUUGGGAAGGAUGUUACCAAACCAGAGUUUGCAGCUUGAUAUCACAUUGCAGAAUACAUCAGGUGCUGGAACCUUUACACCCAUAAGAAACAACAGUCCAUAUUCAGUAAUACCUCAGCCCGGAAUGAUGGGCAGUCAAGGAAUGAUGGGAAAUCAAGCAAACCUAGGGAACAAUAGCCCAGGAAUGAUUGGUGGUAAUCCUCCUCGGUCUAGUAUGCCAUCAGGAGACUGGGGAUCCCAAGGUGCUGCUGUGAGAGUUACCUGUGCUGCGACAACAAACACCAUGAAUAGGCCAAUCCAAGGAGGUAUGAUACGAAACCCAACAUCCAGCCUUCCUUUGAGACCUAACAGUCAAGCAGGUCCAAGGCAGAUGCUUCAGUCUCAAGUCAUGAAUAUGGGGGCUUCUGAGCUAGAGAUGAAUAUGGGAGGACCCCAGUAUACCCAGCCACAGGCCCCUCCCAAUCAGACUGCUCCAUGGCCAGACAGUAUCUUACCCAUCGAUCAGGCAUCCUUUAGCAAUCAGAACCGGCAACCAUUUGGGAGCUCUCCAGAUGACUUGCUGUGCCAGCAUCCUGUGACGGAGUCUCCAAGUGAUGAGGGAACUCUUCUUGACCAGCUUUAUAUGGCACUAAGAAAUUUUGAUGGUCUUGAAGAAAUUGACAGAGCUCUUGGAAUACCAGAACUAGUUAGUCAGCAGAGCCAAGCUGUGGAUCCAGAGCCAUUCUCAAGUCAAGAAUCAAACAUCAUCCUGGAACAAAAGGCACCUGUUUUCACACAGCAGUAUGCGUCUCAGGCUCAAAUGGCCCAAGGCAAUUACCCACCAAUACAGGAUCCAAACUUUCAUCCAAUGGCUCAGCGACCAGGUUACGCAGCACUGCGCAUGCAGCCCAGGCCUGGGUUAAGGCCUGCGGGUAUAGUGCAGAGCCAACCAAAUCAACUGCGACUACAACUACAGCAUAGACUUCAAGCACAGCAGAACCGCCAGCCACUGAUAAAUCAGAUCAGCAAUGUUUCUAAUAUGAAUCUAUCUCUGAGACCUGGAGUACCUACACAGGUGAGGGAUCAGGGACCUAUCAAUUCACAGAUGUUAGCCCAGAGGCAGAGGGAGAUACUAAGCCAGCACCUAAGGCAUAGGCAGAUGCAACAGCAAGUACAACAGCGAACUCUGAUGAUGCGAGGACAGACAAUGAAUAUGACACCAAGUAUGGUGGCCUCUGGCGGCAUACCAGCAACAAUGACCAACCCCCGGAUUCCCCAGGCAAACACCCAACAGUUUCCAUUUCCUCCAAAUUAUGGUAUAAAUCAGCAGCCCGACCCAGGCUUCACUGGGGCUACUACUCCUCAAAGUCCCCUGAUGUCGCCAAGAAUGGCGCAUAGCCAGAGUCCCAUGAUACAGCAGUCUCAGGCCAAUCCUGCCUACCAGUCCUCCACAGAGAUGAACGGAUGGGCACAAGGGAAUAUUGGUGCAAACAGCAUGUUUUCACAACAAUCUCCACCACACUUUGGGCAGCAAGCCAACACCAGCAUGUACAAUAACAACAUGAACAUCAAUGUAUCCAUGGUGACCAACACAAGCGGUAUGAACAACAUGAACCAGAUGACAGGGCAGAUCAGCAUGACCUCAGCAACCUCUGUGCCUACAUCAGGGUUGUCCUCCAUGGGUCCUGAGCAGGUUAAUGAUCCUGCUAUGAGAGGAGGCAAUCUUUUUCCGAACCAGCUACCUGGAAUGGAUAUGAUAAAGCAGGAGGGAGAUGCAUCACGGAAAUAUUGCUGACGCUGACGAUUGCUUAUAUCUUCAACUGACUGGCCUUUCCAGACCAAACUACUUACCAGUUUGAAGAGCUGCAUACGUUUGGUCUUGCCCCAAUUGUUCUGCCAGUCAGUUCUUCUGGAAAAAGUAGAAAUUAGUGCUGCAAACAGAACAAUGCCACUCUUGAGUGGAAUCGAAACCGUUGUUGGUGGAAGAGCAGACUCUUCUUUGACAGUCUGAAGCUAGCGUGCAGACAGUUGCUCAGUCUGUUCACUGCAUUCACCUUAGUGCAACUUAGAUCUCUCCUGCAAAGUAAAUGUUGAUAGCCAGUUUUCAUAAACCAUGUCAGAUUGAAUGUAUUUAAAUGUAUGUAUUUAAGGAAAACCAACCAUCCUCUCAUUCUGUUCUGUUUUUAGGUUUAGAUCUUGAUCUCUUUCUUUGUUUUCCUUAGCUACACAGUCUAGUGCAAAGGAUUCAGUUCCACCUGGAAAUCAGUGGCCUUCUCUUUGGAAGGUAAAGAGUACGCUGGAUGGUGACUCCCAGAGUGGGAGAUAACACAAUGCAGACAUUGGGCAUCUAACUAAUAGGCUUGAGAAGCGUGUGUCUGGUGACUAGGUGUAUACCAUGCUAGAAAACAACAGCAGUCAGUUUUAAAUAGGUUUACAUUAGUAAACAGGCUAAGAUACCCUAUCAGAGGGCUGUUUAUAAAUCCUUUGGGUUACUUUAAAUAAAACCAUGAGUCAUGCACUAUUUAAGUUUUCAUUUCAAUUCAUUUCAGCAUCCUAAGAGUUGACUAGAAUUAAUGUUCUUGCUUUUUCUCCUGCCUUCAGUUGCCAUUUCUCUUUGCUUUUCCUACAAGAUUGAGAAAUGUGUAACCCCCAUCCAAUCCGUAGGCCUGUUACCUGAGCUCUAAAUCACAGGUAGCGAUUAGUUGCUGAAUAACAAUUUUAAAUAAAGGUGCAUCUCUUGGUGAUGGAAGUGGCAGGAUUGAGGCAAACCGUCAAAGUGAAAGGCAUCUCCUAUAAAUGAAACAUUUUCCAUUUUCCCAUCUCCACAACUAGGGAAAACACUGACUUAAGCGAUGGCAGAUAUCACUACAGAAUUAACCAUCAGAUGUUCUAAUUAUUUUGAAGCAGUGUGGACUAUGAGAAAGUUUUGUAAGGUACAUAAAAAAUAGUUUCUAUGUAAACAAGCAAUAAUUUAAGUUAAAGACUUUAGUGUUUUAAUUGUAUAAUUUUGUGAGGUAUACAUGUUGUGGAGUUGAUUUCCAAAUGAGGUACUUCAGUAUUAAAUUAGAUAUCUUCAUAGCCGUGAGUGUCUCCUGGAAAAAAAGUGUUUUGUAAAGGAUCACAAUGCCUUGAUUAGACCUAAUUUGUAGGCUUGAGACUCUUCAUUUUCUAAACCUUGCGAUUCUGCUCAUAAGUCAUUUAUCUAAACUUAUAUUAUAUGCAGCCACUGUAGGAGCCAAUUCUUGACUUUUUUGUAUGUUUAUAUUCUUUCUUAAUAAUCUUAGAGAAACUGUUGUUCAGCAGCCCACUGCUUAUAGUGGUUUUACUCUUUCCUGCUGUGGUUUGAGUAAUCUUUUAGUAUAAAAGCUAACAUCCGUUUCUGAGGACUUGAAAUAUCAGGAAACUGAUUGUUUUUCAACCUCCUGUUUUUCUCUUACCCACAAGCCACACACUUUCGUACCUGGACUCAAAUUUUGGAUGUUAUUUAAAAUGCAAUGCAUUUUAUAUUAUCUCAAUCAUCAUUCAUGUCUUUGGGAGUGGAAGGUUUCUUACCUUGGAAUCUGGUUUGCUUGUGAUGAAGGUUGAAAUAUACAAAGAAUCCGACUUUCAUAGAAUGCUGAAAAUAAUACGUUGAGUAUAUAGAGUGCAUUUCAAACCAUUUGUUUCCUGUUGAGUAUCCCUCCUGUUACACUGGGAGGAACUGCAUUUCUCAGCAGUCAACACUUUUGUAGAUUGAAACACAAAAGUCGCUAUUCAAACAACUGAGCCAUCUGGUAGAAAUCAGUGUCAGCCUUGAGCUCCAUGAUAUUUACAUUGAAAUAAUGUAUAAAUUAACCUACAUCUAGAGGAAUUAAAACUCUUUGUAUCAGAUGAUGUUUAGGUGAGUUUGCCUUGAUAAUAUUUCAGUUAUUAGACCUCAGAUCUGUUUUUAAUAGAACAAAUAUGUAAUUCUAAAUGGGACCUAGUUCAAAUUAUGUCUACACCAUUCACUGAUUCUUCAGUUGAGCUUAGAAUCAUUGUAUUCAUCUUGAUUUUUUUUAAACUUUCACCACAAUAAAUGGAUUUAGGCAUUUAAUCAUGCUAGAGACAAAGAAAAUGAUACCAAUGUCUUUUCUAUAAUCAGUAUUUCUUAUUCAGUACACAACAAGGUUGCUAGAGAUACUGGUUGGGUUUUCUGUUAGAACAUAAUCAGUGUUUUUCAUAUUGACACUUAAAUGCAAAAGAAAUCAUUUUUCAUAUUAAGUCAGAGGAAUACAUAUAGAUAAACAAUAACACAAAACAAAGCUCCAUUUGACCAAGUUUGUUUGGGUACACUUGAGAAUCAAUGGAUCUUUUCCAGCAUUUUAAGUAGUUACCCCAACUUUCAGGAUAUUGCCUCCACCUGUCUUUCUAUUGGCUGUACUAACUGAAAGCAGUGUUUCUGCCAUUUAUACAAUGCAUUUUUAAUCUGUAUUAAAAAAAAUGGAGCUCAUGCAGGCUUAACACAAAGGUGGUUCAGCACUACUUGCAAAACCCAAAGAUACACAAUCAGUUUUGAAAUGCAACUUAAGCCAUUAAUUGUUGGUGUGAAUUUAAAGUUUUCUAGUAUUUGUAUGGUAGUAUUGCUGCCUAAGAGCAAAAGCAUUCUCUGCACAAGAAAAUUACUGUAGUGGCUUUGAUUUUUAAUUAGAAAUUUCUCCCUGGUGUUUCUUUGUAGACUAAAACAAAAUCUUUUCGGUUUCUUACUACAGGUAAAGCUAUGUGCAAGAACCUCAAAAUGCUAAAAUCUAGCAUAAUGCCUUAGAUCUGUUUUUAAGUCUUGUAUAUUCCUACAUAGCUGUCUGAUGUAUUAUAUUUGUAUAGUGAAUUGUGUACAAUUUUGGAAUAAGCGCAUCAUCACUUAGCUUUCAGUCGUUGAAUAGAGAUGAUGGACACAUUUCUUCAGACAUUGACUCAUUUAUUUUGUUUUUUUUCCUUUUUUGCCAUUUGUGGGUUUUAUUUGUACAGUUCCUCAUGAAGUUACAUCUGAGAUGUGUAUGAGUGUGUGUAUAUGAAAAGAUUAUACGAGGGUAAAACUAAGCAAUAUAUAAACUAUGGUUCUUCAGGAGAAAGCUUACAGUGUUUUCAGGUUGUGAUUUAUUUUCAAAACUGAGUUGACUCUGAACAUCACUUUGUUCACCUGCAUUGAUGUUUGUAUUUCUAGUGUGAGCAGUUUAUGCAAAGGUAGAUAUAUUCAGAGAAAUUUUAAAUACAUUUAUGCAAGUUAAUAUUGCUUUGCUGAUGCUGUUUGCUUAUUUGAUGUUAAAUAAUGCUAUUGUAAAUAAAGAAUUCUGUUAUUGCAUCAUUUAAUAAAUUUUAAUGCCUUCGGGUUUUA